AUGAAAAAAAUGGCCCUAAAUUUAUUUAAAAAGAGCAAACCGAAGGAAGAUAAAAUAAGCGAAAAAAAAGACCAAGCAGAUGAUGAUAACAAAAUUGAAAGCAAAGUGACUGAAUCUACAGCUGCUGACUCAGAAGCAAAACAUAAUAUUUUAGGAGGAAGGAAUAAAAAAAAAGCGAAAAAAGGUAAAGCAAAAAAGAAAAAAGAAGUUGUAUCAGAAUCGUCGGAUUCUUCAGAUGACAGUGAUGAUGAUUCAGACGACAGUGAUAAUGACAAGGACAUAGAAGAAAAAGUUGAACCUGUUUCCAACAAAACAAAUGUUACAGAAAAGAAAAAAAAAGAAGCUGACUCGGACUCAGAUUCAGAUUCUGACUCAGAUUCAGACUCAGAUUCCGAUUCGGAUUCGGAUGAAGAAGAGCAGAAGAAAAAAGAGGCACCAAAAGUACUGGCAAAAGGAGUGGCAAAGGGAGCGGCAAAAGAAGCACCAAAAACUGCGGCAAAAGUAUCAUCAGCUACAGCUGCAGUAGUUGCAAAAACAUCAGUAGGCACAGUGGCAGGAGGUAGUGGAAAGAAAGCAGAGAAAAAGAAGGUACAGAAGAAAAAGGAAGAUUCUGAUUCGGACUCAGAUUCUGAUUCAGAUUCUGAUUCAGAUUCAGACGCCGAUUCGGAUUCGGAUAAAGAAGUAAAUGCAAAAGUAGAUGCAGAAGAAGAUGCAGAAGAAGAUGCAGAAAAGGAUGCAGAAGAGGAUACCGAUGAGGACACAGACGAGGACACAGAAACGGACGAAGAAGAGGAGCAAAAAAGGCAAGAGAAAAACGUGGUUGGUAAAAAUAAAAGAAAAAAGGAAAAAGCAGGCCCAAAUUUAGAAAAUAAUAAAAAGCAGAAGGUGAACAAUAGUAACAGUAAUAAUAACAAUAUUAAUAAGGGUAAUAGUAAAAACAUUGCACAGAAUGAAUUAGGUAUGAAUAAUAGUAGUGAAAAGGAUCAAGGGGAAUAUCUCUUAACCUUAAUUAAUAUUAGUAGAGAUACAGAAGAAGAUGAUGUAAGAAAAUUUAUAAAAGGUAUUGUAGCUGAUAAUUAUGUGGAAGAAGACAUAUAUAUAUAUAUUAUUCGAUAUAACAAUUCUGCUUUUAUAUAUUGUACAGAUAGAAAAAUAAAAGAUUUGUUAUUAAGAAAAACAAGUGAAAAAUUUAAAGGAAUACCUGUUAAAUUUUUUGAAAAUAAGUAUGUCCAAAAUAAAAUACUUAUAUCAUAUGUAGAAAAAAAUACAUCAGAAGAAGAUAUAAGAAAAUUUUUGGAUAAUUGUGGGUUAAUUAACAAUAUACAUUUUAUUAAUAAUAAUACAAAAGUCUUUGUAGAAUUUGAUAGUUUAGCUAGUUGUCUAAAAGCAAUAGAACGAGAUGGUCAUCUAAUGAAUAAUAGUUAUGUCCGUGUAUCCAUUAUGUUAAAUAAUAAUAAUUAUUCGUCUUAUGAUAAUAAUAACAACUAUAGUUUUAAUAACAUGAACAAAUUUAAUAAUAAUAAUUCUGGGUUUAAUAAGAAUAGGGCAGGUCCAAAUCAGGGGCAAGCAGGAAAGGGAUUCGCAGGAAAAAAAAAUUUUAAUUUUAACAAAUUUAUUAAUGGAAAUGAAAAAAGAAACGAUGAUAGAGGUGGACACAAAAAUGAUAACAGAGGCAAAAAUGGCAGGUACUUCAGCACACACAGGGGAAACUUCAAUGGGAACGAACAAACAGAGGGAAACAAUGACGUAAAUAACGAUAAUGAUAACAAUACCAAUGGAAACAGCUACAGGCAUAAUAAUGGCAAUAAUAGUAACAACUACAACAACAACUACAGCAACAACAACAGCAAUAACUUUAAGAACAAUAAGGGCGAUGGAAAAAAUUUUAACAGAAAGCCUUUUAACAAUUUUAAAAAUAGAAAGAACUUCCAAAAGGAUGUAACCUCGAAUAAUUAA